UGUAUGUACAAGGUAGCAGCUAGCAGCAAAUGAAAUUCUAGUACUCCCCAACAACAACAACAUAAUACCCUAGUUUUUUUAUUACCUAGAUUGCCUCGAAGAAGCUCAUAUACAAUCUACAUGCACCCCAAACACUGCAUCUGAUCUCCCAGUUAGCAAAACCUGAGACAGGUUUUCUGUAUAUAUAUGCAGUGAGAGAAAGAGAGAGAGAGAGAGAGAGAGUUUAGAUCAGAGAAAUUAAACCACCUUAGCUUGGUUGAACAGGAUCUAUCUGCUGUAUCUGUCUGUCUGUGUUAGUUGUAGGAUAAUAUUAAUCCCAACAUCAUCAUCGUAUAUCUCCGAAGAAGAAGAAAGAGAGAGAGAGAGAGGAAUGGAAGGUGAUGAAGGAAGAUCAGGGCUACCCAAUUAUGGAUUGCAAGUCUCUUUCUCCACUACUCCCCACCAUAAUCAUCAUCAUCAUCAUGCGGCUAUGCAUCACGAAAUGGGGUUUGUACACUUCGAGGAUCAUAACCAGGCGGUUAUGAGCUUCUUAACCCCUCUCUCCUCCUCCUCUCAGCCGCUCGACGGUGGCGCCGGCAGCAGCUGCAGCAACGCCGCCUCUACCACCGCGGCCGCCGCCAAAUCCUCCAGCCACGCCGCCACGGCUUCUCUAGGGUUUAGCCACUCCGAGCCGCAGCUUUCUAACCGACCUUCAUGGAAUAAUAACGACCAGGUUGGAACAAUGGAUCCAAAGGGGGCAAACGAUGAAAAUUGCAGUGGAAAUGCAGCUGAGGGUAACAAUUCAUGGUGGAGGAGCUCCUCGUCAUCGUCGCUGGUUGAUAAGGGGAAAGUGAAGGUGAGGAGAAAGCUGAGAGAGCCCAGAUUUUGCUUCCAAACAAGGAGUGAUGUUGAUGUUCUUGAUGAUGGGUAUAAAUGGAGGAAAUAUGGGCAGAAAGUUGUCAAGAACAGCCUUCAUCCCAGAAGUUACUACCGAUGUACACACAGUAAUUGUCGGGUGAAGAAGAGAGUGGAACGGCUUUCUGAAGAUUGCAGGAUGGUAAUAACAACUUAUGAAGGUAGACACAAUCAUUCCCCCUGCGAUGACUCCAACUCUUCUGAACAUGAUUGUUUCACUUCUUUCUAGACUACAUAUAUCUAUAUCUUACUAUUUCCAUAUUUAUAUAUAUAUAUAUAUAUAAUAAUAAUAACAUUAUAUAUAUAUAUCUGUAAUGAUCGAACACAAAUAAUAUAUGUCCUCGGAUCCUAUGUUUGUAUCUAUAUAUUAUCCUCCUAAGGGUUUCAUCAACAAAUUAAAUUAGCUAGCUCAGCUCUGUCAUUUAUGUAUUAUUACAUUAUUAGUCUCCCAAAAAAAAA